AUGCCUUUCUACAGUAUUGCAGUGUACCGCGGCAAGGAUGGUCGUCAUGCUGGAGAUGCUGCGUACAAUCUCUUAAUGUCUCCUAACCGGGAGACAGCAGAUCGCUUUUACCGUUUCCUUCAGACAUACCCAGAUAUCUAUAACAAUAAGUAUAACUUUAACAAACUCGAAUCUCUAUCUGCACAGGUCUGGACGUUCCAGUCCAAUGACCAGGACGAUCUAAGGGAGCUCGUCAGACACAUGUGUUCGCGCGAUUUUACGAUUAGCGAUGCGAGAUUCCAAUCUAUCGUGGGCAGUGUCGUCUUACAUCAGUUUAAUUCCAACACAUGGUUCAAUAACACCUAUAUCCCCAUUGUGCAAGACGUUAACUUGGCGGCCCAUCUUAAUAAUGGGGAAUUCUUUAUCCGGCGCAAGCGGUAUCCCAGUCAGUUCUGGUACCUGGACAACAAGUGGAUAAGGGUGUCCGACACAGAAAGGACAAAAUUUCGCAUCGAACUAAAAGAAGAUGGCACUCAGACCUUAGGGACGCCUCUUUUCAUCAGCUCUGACCAAGUUCGAAUUAUUGCCGUCGGCUCCUCUUCUACUACCAUGAUCAAAUCGGCUAAGGAUGGGUAUGUGGGAAAAGAUGGUGAGAUAUCGACCUUUAAUUUUGGAGCAUUCAAUCAAGGAUUCGGUGUUAGGUAUAAUUCAGGUGACAAGAGUGACCAUAUCACGUAUACCGAUUCAGGGAGGCUACUUGGGGAAGAAUGGGAGUUGGUUUAA